CUUCUGUUCAUGUCUAAUACAAGACGUGGAAGAGAGAGAAAAUGUGGAUGAUCAAACCACCUACUGAGCACCCAAAGGAGUGUAAAUACAGGCCUGUGCUGGAGAGUUUGGUUCCACGUGAUCCCAUGAGCAGGUUCAAUCUCAAGAGAUCUUCUCCUAAAGAAGAGUUUCCCAACCUGGACAGAAACUACACGCUCAUGGGUGGCAUCCUUGACCUGCACAUGUACACACGUCAAUUCAACCGGGCCACUGAAAGCGGAGUCAUUUUUGAUGACAUCAUACGUCCUGGUCUCGAGGAUCCAGGGCUUCUCAAUGGACCGAAGUCAGUAGGCUGUUUAGCAGGCGAUGCUCAGUCAUACAUACUCUUCUGUGACUUCUUUGACCGCAUUAUUGAAUCCUAUCAUGGCUACAGGGUCACCAGUGAUGCAGUUCAAGAGAGUGACUUCAACUAUGAUAACCUUAAGGGAGGUGAUUAUUUUGAUGAAGAUUAUGUGGUGAGCUGUGAGGUGAGUGCAGGUCGUGCUAUAGAUGACUUCUGUUUUCCUGUACACUGCAGCCGAGGGGAGCGCAGACACCUCCUCGCCUUGGCCAAAACAGUUUUGGAGCAGCUGAGUGAAGAUCUCCCAGGAACGUUUUACUCUAUAGAAGAACUGAGCUGUGAAAGUGAAGACCGUAGGGUUGUUAUGGACUCUCCGCCCUCUUCCCUGAGAAAGACCGGCGUGGCACGAGAUUGGCCUGAUGGUCGGGCCCUGUGGUUGAGUAAGGACGGAUCUCUCGCCAUUUGGGUAAACAUGGAGGAACAUCUGAAGCUGGUGUCAUUCAGAAGUGAUGGGAACCUACAAGAGGCUUUCAAAUGUGUCUGCAUCAAUCUGAUGAAGACUGAGAUACUGUAUAAGAAACUGAGACAUCCAUUCAUCUGGAAGCAUCACCUGGGCUGGGUGGUCAGUUCACCUGCUGAGGUGGGAACAGGACUAAAGAUGUCCGUGACCAUCAAACUGCUGCACCUCACUGAGAACAAACGGCUGGAGGAUAUUCUGGACAGACUGAGACUCCGAAUGGAACAAACUGGCCGUCCGGGAAUUUACAAUAUCAGCAAUCUGCAGACUAUUGGUUUCAAUGAAGUGGAGCUGACACAGCUAGUGGUGGAUGGGGUCAAACUUAUCAUCCGAAUGGAGAAGAGGCUGGAAAACAAGAGCAGCAUUGAAGACCUGGUGCCUACAAAGAAAUAAAGCGGCCAGCAGAUGCCCUGGUGAUGACAGACGUGGCUUUCUGACAUCUUGUUAUAAAUUAUGUCAAACUUUAUGCUUUUAAUAAACUCCUCACUAAGAA